AGACGGCGCAUGUCUCAUUGAUAAGGUAAACCAACUUAAUUUUAAAUAUCUUAAUCACGACUCAAUACGUAGUAGCCUAAUUCACAUAGACCUGCCUACAUGGAAUAACUCACACAAGGCCAAUUAAAAUUCACUUUGGACAACAUGUCCUGCUAAAAAAAAGUAUCUUUCUAUUAAAUAAUUUAAGAUAUAAUUAGUUUAUUUGUCUAAAUCGAUAUUAUCAUUCUUUUUUUUCCUCAAUCUCAAACUGAUAGACUAUUCCACACACAUGGGUGAUAGCAAAGUCCCUUAGGGCUCUCUUCCUGCUUCUCAGUAACUUUCCAGCUAAGGCUCGGUGAGGAUGGGUGACUGGAAUGCUCUAGGGAGUCUGCUGCACAAGGUCCAGGCCUACUCCACCGCAGGAGGCAAGGUCUGGCUCUCCGUGCUCUUCAUCUUCAGGAUCCUGGUCCUGGGCACGGCCGUGGAGUCUGCCUGGGGUGACGAGCAGUCCGCCUUCAAGUGCAACACCCAGCAGCCCGGUUGUGAGAACGUCUGCUACGACAAGUCCUUCCCUAUCUCGCACGUGCGCUUCUGGGUACUGCAGAUUAUCUUUGUGUCUACGCCGACGCUCCUCUACCUAGCACAUGUGUUCCACCUGAUGAGGAAGGAGCAGAAGCUCAACAGGAAGGAGGAAGUGCUGAAGGCGGUGCAGAACGACGGCGAUGACGUGGACAUCCCCCUGAAGAAGAUUGAGAUGAAGAAGCUGAAGCACGGCCUGGAGGAGCACGGCAAGGUCAAGAUGAAGGGUGCCCUGCUCAGAACCUACAUCGUCAGCAUCUUCUUCAAGUCUAUCUUCGAGGUGGGCUUCCUGGUCAUCCAGUGGUACAUCUACGGUUUCAGCCUGUCAGCUGUCUACACCUGUGAAAGGGCACCCUGCCCGCAUCGCGUCGACUGCUUCCUGUCCCGACCCACAGAGAAAACGGUCUUCAUCAUCUUCAUGCUGGUGGUGUCCCUAGUCUCACUGGCCCUCAACGUCAUUGACCUGUUUUACGUCUUCUUCAAGAGGAUCAAGGACCGGGUCAAGGGUAGGCAACCCGCCACCGUCUACCCCCCCAGUGGCACUCUCAGCCCCACCCCAAAGGAUCUGCCUGACACCAAGUACGCCUACUACAAUGGCUGUUCCUCUCCCACAGCACCCCUUUCCCCCAUGUCUCCCCCAGGGUACAAGUUGGCCGCGGGCGAGAGAACCAACUCCUGCCGCAACUGCAACAAGCAGGCCAAUGAGCAGAACUGGGCCAACUACAGCACGGAACAGAACCGGCUGGGCCAGAACGGCAGCACCAUCUCCAACUCCCACGCCCAGGCUUUCGACUUUCCCGAUGACACCCAGGACCAUAAGAAACUGAGCGCGGGCCACGAGCUGCAGCCGCUGGCCCGCAUGAGCAGCCGGCACCACCCGGACAAUCUAUGCGUCUAGCACCUCCCCCUCUGCUCCUACAUUCUCUAGGCAACUUCCUCUGACCUCAGUGGAAAAAAGGGGCAAGUGGCCGAGCCGGAGAACCAGGAAGUUAGAGUGUCAAGGUGGGCGUGUUAAGAGGGUGAGGGCAGUAGAAUGAUUAUUUGUGUUUUAACUUUGUUUUUGAGUUUUAUUUUCCAACUCAAUGUAAAGUUGCUGCUUGAGAGGUAGAUGUUUAGUACAAUUUCUCUAAACUACUUGCUCAUGUAAUGUAAAACUUACUCAACAUAAUAAUGGGU